GUCAAUCUUUGCAUUGUCAAAAAGUCAUAAGUAUGCAUUUAUGACGGUGGUGAAUUUAUCAUUUGCUGCGGCUGGGUUUUUAGGAGUGUAUCAUCUGGGGGCAAUAGAGGCAAUAUUAAGACAUGGAGAUAAGCUGCUGUCCUAUUUAAAAGCCUGUGCUGGAGCAUCAGCUGGUUCUUUAGUGGCCAGUGUAUUGAUCACUGCUCCUGAUAAACUACAGCAUUGUAAGGAAUUCACCUACAGAUUUGCUAGAAAUGUCAGAAGGCAGAGGUUUGGAGCAGUGACACCAGGAUAUGACUUCCUGCUUGAACUGAGGGAAGGCAUAGAAGAGAUUCUCCCGCCCAAUGCCCACCAGUUAGCCAAUGAACGCCUCCAUGUUUCAAUAACGCACUCAAAGACGCUCAAGAACACUAUUGUGUCCAACUUCACCUCAAGGGAAGACCUCAUUCAGGUGCUCUUGGCCAGCUGCUUUGUGCCUGUCUAUGCUGGAGUGAAGCCAGUGGAGUUCCAAGGUCAGAAAUGGAUAGAUGGAGGAUUCACAGACAGUCUUCCUAUUCUUCCAAUGGGACGCACAAUCACAGUGUCACCAUUUAGUGGCCCUCAGGAUAUUUCCCCGGCUCAUAAGGGCAUGAGUAAACUUCACCUCAGACUGGCCAACAUGAGAAUAGUGAAAUCAAGACUCAUCAGACCAGGCAACAUUUUUCCAGUCUUCAACUGUCCAAUUUUGCUCUCCAAUGACAACAUCGUAAGGCUGAACCAGGCCCUGUUUCCUCCCUCAUUACCAAGACUCAAAGCACUGAACCAGGAGGGAUACCAGGAUGCUGUUUGCUUUCUUAAGACAGACAGAUGGAUGCAAUAGUUGUUUUUCUAAUUUUAGUUAUGGAAUGUCUAAACUGUGGCAUGUUGACACCAUUUUUAGGAACUUUUCCUAGUUACUGUACCAAAACAUCUUAAGAGCAGUGCAAUAUUUAAUAUUUUUUUUAUAUAUAAUAUAUAAACACUCCUCACAAAAUCUGAAUGGUUGCAGCCUGGUGCGUUGGACUCAGGAAAUAUUAUGAAAAUAGAAGAAAACAUCCCACACACAGCUGUAGCUUAAGAUCACCAAUAUUUAUUUGAACACCAGUGUUCCAGUCAUGCAACCUUCAUCAGACAUUUAAAAAAGCGAGGGUCAAAUAACCUAAAUGAUGCUGUUUCUAUAAAUAUUGGAGUUCUAGACAUCAUCAACCCAAGCCAACAUGUGAUUGGAAGGAUAUUGGACAAACCAAAAAAUAUUGUGCUGAAAUAUUAAAUGUUUUGGAGCUGAAAUAUUAAAUGUUAUUAAAGAGUGUUAAAGUGCUGACUUUUAGUUUUUCUGCACUAGAGAAUAGCUUGGUGCUACAGUUGAAGUCAGAAGUUUACAUGCACUUAGGUUGAAGUCAUUAAAACACAUUUUUUAACAACUCCACGGAUUUAAUAUUAGCAAACUAAAGUUUAGUUGUAAAGUCGUUUAGGACAUCUACUUUGUACAUGACAAGAUAUUUUUCCAACAAUUGUUUCACUUUUAAUUGACUAUAUCACAAUUUCAGUGAGUCAGAAAUUUACAUACACUAAGGUAACUGCCGGUUUGGAAAAUUCCAGAAAAUUAGAGAGACGUACGAAGCUUGUCCACGUGUUUGAGUGUUUCUCAAGUUUGAGUGUUUGACUGACGCAGCUGGCUGAAAAGCAGUGCAUGUUUUUGUUUCUUUGUACGCUGAAAAGUGUCAUUAAAUGUGUUUGUCAAGCUGGUCCCAGUUUCUCACGUUCUUAAGUGUUACAGUAUUUUAAGUAUACAGUAUUGUGGACCUCCAAAAGUCUGGUUCAUCCUUGAGAGCAAUUUCCAAAUGCCUGAAGGUACAACAUUCAUCUGUACAAACAUUAGUGCGCAAGUAUAAACACCAUGGGACCAUGCAGCCAUCAUACAGCUCAGGAAGGAGAAGCAUUCUGUCUCCUAGAGAGUAAUGUAAUUUGGUGCGUAAAGUGCAAAUCAAUCCCAGAAAUACAGCAAAUGACAUUGUGAAGAUGCUGGAGGAAUCGGGUUGACAACUAUCUAUAUCCACAGUAAAAACAAGUUCAAAAUGUAUAUAACUUGAAAGGCUGCUCAGCAAGGAAGAAUCCAAUACAUCAAAAUUGCCAUUGAAAAUCCAGAAUACAGUUUGCAAGUGCACAUGCUGACAAAGAUCUUACUAUUUGGAGAAAUUUCCUCUGGUCUAAUGAAACAAAAAUUGAACUCUUUGGCCAUAAUGACUAUUGUUAUGUUUGGAGGAAAAAGGGUGAGGUUUGCAAGCCAAAGAACACCUACCCGUGAAGCAUGGGGGUGGCAGCAUCGUGUUGUGGGGGUGCUUUGCUGCAGGAGGGACUGGUACUCUUCAUAAAGUAGAUGGCAUCAUGAGGAAGUUACACAUCAGCCAGGAAGUUAACAAUGACCCCAAGCAUACCUCCCAAGUUGUGGCAAAAUAGCUUAAGGACAACAAAGUUAAGGUAUUGGAGUGGCCACAAUGCCCAGACCUCAAUCCAGCAGAAAACCCCCACCAAUGAAAUAGUUAUUUACCUUAUAUGGGGGUGACAUACAUGUUUGAGCUAUGUGUGAAAUGUGAGAGUAGAGACAGGAAACACAUUCCUAUAGAAAACAUCCUUUGAACAGGGAAGAUGCUAAGUGGAUCUAAUUGUGUUUUUCCUUCUGACCAUCCGGCCAGAUUACUAAUAUAAGUUUCAGUAUUGAAACCCUGAUUAUUGCGAAACAUCCUGUUACGAUCCCCUGUUGUCUGCCCAGUGUUUCUCUUGUCACCUGUCAUGAACUACAUUUCCCACAAUUCCUGGCCCUCAUCACUGCCAGCACUCUAUCAUUGUUCUCACCUGUUUGUCAUUUGAUCAUCACUCUCCCUGUGUAUUUAAACCCUGUUUGUUCCCCAGUCAUUGUCGAUUGUUGUUUGUGGAUGUCUGAAGUAGAUGUUACUUUGUUCACCCAUUUCGUGUACCCUUGGAUGUUUUUAUGUUUUGGUUUCAUUUUCCCCUCGUGGACGUUUCCUUUGUUCCUGUCUGUCUUGUUUUCACUUUUGCUCAAUAAAGAACCCACGUUUAGAUCCCCACUCCUCGUCUGCCUCUCCUACUUACGUUACACAUCCACUGUUUUGGAGUUGAUCUGGAACCGAAUUAUGUGCUGACUGGCAAAUUGAGCCAUUUAGAAAGUGAAUCUCAAUAAUAUCAUUCAGCCAGGGCCGUAUCAAGACAGUGUGGUGCCCCUGGGCACUAUACCUCAAAAGGCCCCACCCCCAAAAAAAAGUUUGAUCACGCGCGCGCACACACACUCCAGCUUUGCAAUCUUGUUCAGACUGUUCAUUAUGCGAAAUAGAGCGAUAUGUAUCGCUAUUUAGUUUUAUUUAUUUUUAUACCGUGUAUUCUCCGGGUAAAUUCGUGCACCGAGACGUGACGCCCGUACCGUUUCGGUUCAAUACGAAUAACUUACAUGUACCGUCCCACCCCUAAUAUUU